AAUCUUUCAUCUCCAUGUACCAUGCAUUUGGAUUGUAAUAAAACUGGUUAAUGGCUUUCUAAUUGGCUGAUUAAGGGAAGAUCUUGUGGUUUCUUCAUCAAUUGGAGCGCUGGUUUAUGACAAAGGGUGGGAAGAGAUAAAUUAUUUGGUUAAUUUAGGCAUCUAUGGUGCAAGGAGCACACUGGCAGCUGCUGGUGUUCAACAUGACGCUGCCAAGGUGACUUAUGGUUCAACGCAGCUAUGGUGCGAGUACUGGUUCUUCCUGAUUGUAGUGCGGAAAAGCAGGGCACUGGACAUGGAGAUUGCUGAGUUCCUCGAACAAUGCUCCACUUGAAUUUGGAGGACGGUCUGCUUCAACAAGCACUUGCUAUAAGUGUGGCAAGCUAUCACCGGAGCCAUAUAAAGGCAAUGCUUCAGUUAGCUCAACUCAUCCACCACAGAGGUUUUCAUAUAACCUUUGUCAACACACAGUUCAACCACAAGCGCUUUCUUAAGUCUCUUGGACCCAACUCUCUUGAUUGCUUGCCUGAUUUUCGGUUUGAGACUAUUCCGGAUGGUCUUCCAAGUUCAGAUGAAGAUGACACCCAAGACCUCACUUUGCUUUGUGAGGCCGUCAGAACACAUUGCUUGGCUCCGUUUCGUAACCUCCUCAUCAAACUGAAUGGCGACAAGAGUCUUCCUGUAGUGACUUGCAUUGCCUCGGAUGGUUUCCUCCCAUUCACUAUCACAGUUGCUGAAGAGCUUGGAAUUCCUAUAGCGCAGUUCUUUACUUUGGCGGCAGUUGGAUUCAUGAACUUUAAAGUAUUUCCCACUUUGGUUGAAAAAGGAUUUGCACCCCUCAAAGAUGAGAGUUGUAUGACAAAUGAAUUUUUGGACACGGUAAUAGAUUGGGUUCCAGGACUGAAGGAUAUCCGUUUAAAGGAUCUCUCAGGCUCCUGGAGAACUACAAACCCCGAUGACUUCAAGCUUAACUUCGCCUUAGAAGCAGUGGAGGGAGCUCAUAAAGCUUCAGCAGUUAUUGUUCAGAGUUUUGAGGCGUUGGAGCAGGAUGUUUUGGAAGCUCUAUCCAGCACUGCAUCUAUGCUUCCACCUGUUUACGCCAUUGGCCCUCUCCAAUUACUUCUCAAUCAGAUACCGGAACAUCCUUUGAAGUCUGUGGGAUACAGUUUACGGAAAGAAGAAACUGAGUGCCUCCAAUGGCUUAAUGGUAAGAUACCAAACUCAGUUGUGUACGUGAACUUUGGGAGUGUAGUGGUCAUGACACCUCAACAUCUCAUUGAGUUUGCUUGGGGACUUGCAAAUAGCAAGCUUUCAUUUUUGUGGGUUAUUAGACCUGAUUUGGUUGCUGGUGAAUCUGCGAUUUUACCACCCGAGUUUGUGACAGAAACAAAGGAAAGAGGUCUUAUAGCAAGUUGGUGCCCACAAGAGAAAGUUCUUAACCAUCCAUCAGUUGGAGCAUUUUUAACACAUAGCGGUUGGAAUUCAACUAUGGAGAGUAUUUCCGCAGGAGUGCCUAUGCUCUGUUGGCCAUUACUUGGUGACCAGCGGAUCAACUGUCGCUAUACUUGCUAUGAGUGGGGUAUUGGCAUGGAGAUCAGUAAUGAUGUGAAAAGAGAUGAAGUAAAGAAACUUGUUGAAGAGUUAAUGGUUGGAGAGAAGGGUAAGGAAAUGAAAACUAAGGUCAUGGAGUGGAAGAAACUAGCAGAAGAGGCCGCUGGUCCACUUGGUUCUUCGCUUAUAACCUUGGACAAUUUAGUAUAUCAAGUGCUACUAAGUAAUUAACUAUAUGUAGUCAUAGGCAUACAUUGCUUAGAGGCCAUUGUCCCAGUUCUCUUUAACCAUCUUUAAUUUCUUUUUGCUAUAAGAUUUAUGUUGAUCUCAAUUUUCAGUUUCUUUAGCUUUGUUUUUUGAUUUUGUUCAAAGGAUGGUAUAUGGCAGGACAAUGAACAGAAACUGGUAUAUUGCAAUCUUUCAUCUCCAUGUACUAUGCAUUUGGAUUUUAAUAAAACUGGUUAAUGGCUUUCUAAUUGGCUGAUUAAGGGAAGACCU